CUUUUUUGGUAAUUUCAAACGUUUACAGGAACAACAAGGUACAUUCAGUAACAAGCUUGUCUGGUGAAGAAUGCUUCUACCUCACUAAUACAAAUCUCUCUCUGUCUCUCUCUCUCUCUCUCAAAACCAUCACCAUGGAAACGCCCAAGGUUUCUUCAGACGUGGAGCUCGCACAUUUACUCGUUGAUGUCUUGGAAGACGGGCAAGAUCCUGUACCGGAUUCGAAAUUUCGGAUCCGAAACCUGACGAAACGGACCGAAUCGGGGGACCCGAUACUUUCCGGUGUCUGUGUUGAUGUACCGAAGGGUCUGGUCGUUGGAAUAAUCGGACCGAGCGGGAGCGGGAAAUCGACGCUUCUGAGGGCUCUGAACAGGUUGUGGGAACCGGAUGCCGGUUCCGUCUUUCUCGACGGGGAGGAUAUAUGCGGUCUGGAUGUACUGAGCCUACGGCGCAGAGUAGGGAUGCUCUUUCAGCUGCCCGUCCUUUUCGAAGGAACGGUCGCGGACAAUGUCCAGUACGGACCGCAUCUGCAAGGGAAGAGGCUAACAGAUACCGACGUGUCCAAGCUGCUGGCCUUGGCGGAUCUCGACCACUCGUUCGCCGCCAAAAAUAGCACCGAGCUCUCGGUGGGCCAGGCCCAAAGAGUUGCAUUGGCCAGGACCUUGGCUAACGAGCCUGAGGUGUUGCUCUUGGACGAACCAACUAGUGCACUCGAUCCGAUCUCGACUCAGAACAUCGAGGACGUGAUCAUGAAGCUGAAGAUGAGUCCGAAGCCGACUACGACAAUCAUCGUCUCUCACAGCAUCAAGCAAAUACAAAGGAUCGCUGACGUUGCAUGCUUGCUGAUCAAUGGUCAGAUCGUGGAGGUGUUGAAACCGAACGAGCUCUACCGAUCCGAGCAUCCCAUGGUUCGAAGGUUUCUUGAACUCAGCUCCUGAGUUGAUUCGACCAGAUGUACUUCAUGUAACUUUGAAUUGCGAUUAGGGCUGAAAGUCAGGCGG